CAUUGGAGGCUGCCACCCCCGCAGACAGGAGGCUGAGUGAGUUUUCCGGUGAGUCAUAAAGGGUGCCGCUUUGCGUCUAUCGGUCUUUAUUUCUCCCUGGAAGAUGUUUCCGUGCCGUUUGGUCGGCGUUCGCGCGUACGCAGUUCUAAAAAGUGGAGCUUUGCAGUGAUGAACGCAGAAAUCGUUCCCGGGGUUACGUGUCGGGAGAAGUUUUUUUCCAUCUUCUGUUUGGUUCUUUCGGGUGCCGGACUGUUGACAGAUGCUUACACGCUGUAUACCUACGCUGUGAAUGGACUGUGGUUGUACUUCAGCUUCAUGCUGUCCUUAGCGGUACUGCCCAAUAUCAUCGUACAAGCGUUCAGCGUAAGCUGGCAUAUCGCUGACGACUGCCGCCCCUGGCGGCUAGUUUGGCUCACGAACCUACUGCUCUUCGGUACAAUUCACAGGCAGUGGCUCACAAUGCGCGCCUGCUUUAACGCGGACAAGACCCAGCAGCCACAGGACUACAACGCAUACACGCAGCACAAGAGUGACCUGUGUUUGCUGGACCUCUACAAGUCGUUUCUGAAGUCAGCGCCUCAACUUGUGCUUCAGACGUACAUUCUGUACGACACUAAAGACUGGAGAGUUCGGACAGUCGGCACUACCAUUUACUCCCUGAUCCUGUUAGUAUCGUGCAUGGCGGCCUACGACAUUGACCAGAGACGUCGACGUCCAGACAGGGAGCCAAUUUCCUGGUGGGGCGUCAUUUUUCACGUGGUAUGGAGGCUUGGAAUAGUAACGUCGCGCAUCGGUGCUAUGGUACUGAUGGCGGUGGUGGACGAUCUCUGGGCAUUCGGAUACUUUGGCAGCCACUUUGUGAUGACAACUAUCUUCGCUGUCGUGUUGACGGAGCAUCUCGUGCAAAUGGAAGUCGCGCCAAACUCUCCGUUCUGGCAGAAGUUGAUGCACGGCAUCGCCAUGGGCUCAGCCCUCACAUUUUGCUUCUUCAACGUAGCGGACUCUUCGUCACUCCAUUGGAUUAUCCUCAUGUACAUGUACGCCGGCAUGCAAAACGCUGAGGCGCUCGUGGAAUUCUCCAGGGAGUGGAUUAUCUCUGGGAAACCGUACCACGGCACGAUUGCGAUCAGCAUUGUGGCCGGAGGAUUCAUCACAGGGGUGAUCGCCAUGGUCUUACACAAACGGCUGUUCAAUCCGGUCUGCACAGUAUACCUGUUCCCCAGCAGAGUUUCCCAGAUGAAAAGAGCAGAGCCACAGCAGGUCGGAGACCUCCUCAGAAGCGUUGAAAUAGCAAGCCACACCGAUCACAGCUUAAGCGAGCGAACGCCACUGGCUGAUCGAAGCUGUUGACAAGACGUUCCAUAGGGCGGCAACACAAAUUCGAGUGCGUCCAGUAGAGUACGGGUGUUGCACAAU